GCCUCCUCGGGCAGAAACCUUUAAAUACGGGCUCGGCCCGGGAGCGGGGUGCGGCGCCUGGCAGCCUGAGGGAGGGGCCUGUGGGGAGGUGAGAUCUGGCUGAGCGGAGGAAGGUGCCGUCCGAGCGUUCGGGCUACGAGCUGCCGCCGCGCUCGUGGCUUGGAAGUGGUACAAUCAUGUUUGAAAUUAAGAAGAUCUGCUGCAUCGGUGCAGGUUAUGUUGGAGGACCCACAUGUAGUGUCAUUGCUCAAAUGUGUCCUAAAAUCAGGGUAACGGUUGUUGAUGUCAAUGAAUCAAGAAUCAAUGCAUGGAAUUCUCCUACACUUCCUAUUUAUGAGCCAGGACUAAAAGAAGUGGUUGAAUCCUGUCGAGGAAAAAAUCUAUUUUUUUCUACCAAUAUUGAUGAUGCCAUUAAAGAAGCUGAUCUUGUAUUUAUUUCUGUGAACACUCCAACAAAAACCUAUGGAAUGGGGAAAGGCCGGGCAGCAGAUCUGAAGUAUAUUGAAGCUUGUGCUAGACGUAUUGUGCAAAACUCAAAUGGGUACAAAAUUGUGACUGAGAAAAGCACAGUUCCAGUGCGUGCAGCAGAAAGUAUUCGUCGUAUAUUUGAUGCGAACACAAAACCCAACUUGAAUUUACAGGUGUUGUCCAACCCUGAGUUCUUGGCAGAGGGAACAGCUAUCAAGGACCUAAAGAACCCAGACAGAGUACUCAUAGGAGGGGAUGAAACCCCAGAGGGCCAGAGAGCUGUGCAGGCACUGUGUGCUGUCUACGAGCACUGGGUUCCCAGAGAAAGGAUCAUCACUACUAAUACGUGGUCUUCAGAGCUUUCCAAACUGGCAGCAAAUGCUUUCCUUGCCCAGAGAAUCAGCAGCAUUAACUCCAUAAGUGCCCUGUGUGAAGCAACAGGAGCUGAUGUAGAAGAGGUAGCAACAGCCAUUGGAAUGGACCAGAGAAUUGGAAAUAAGUUUCUAAAAGCCAGUGUUGGUUUUGGUGGGAGCUGCUUCCAAAAAGAUGUUCUGAAUUUGGUUUAUCUCUGUGAGGCUCUCAAUUUGCCUGAAGUAGCUCGUUAUUGGCAACAGGUCAUAGACAUGAAUGACUACCAGAGGAGGAGGUUUGCCUCCCGGAUCAUAGACAGUCUGUUUAAUACAGUGACUGAUAAGAAGAUUGCUAUUUUGGGAUUUGCAUUCAAAAAGGACACUGGCGAUACGAGAGAAUCCUCUAGUAUAUAUAUUAGCAAAUAUUUGAUGGAUGAAGGCGCACACCUCCAUAUAUAUGAUCCAAAAGUACCCAGGGAACAAAUAGUUGUGGAUCUUUCUCAUCCGGGUGUUUCAGAGGAUGACCAAGUGUCCCGACUUGUGACCAUUUCCAAGGAUCCAUAUGACGCAUGUGAUGGUGCCCAUGCUGUUGUUAUUUGUACUGAGUGGGACAUGUUUAAGGAAUUGGACUAUGAACGCAUUCAUAAAAAAAUGCUAAAGCCAGCCUUUAUCUUUGAUGGACGACGUGUCCUGGAUGGGCUCCACAACGAACUACAAACCAUUGGCUUCCAGUCCAGGGAGGUGGACCAGGGCUAGAAGAGCACUUCCACGGUCAUCAGAGACCCAGGCUUCUUCAUCUGGUUGCUCUGCCACCCUUGACACAAGUCUCCUGUCUCAUGGUCCAAGAUGGCUGUUCAGCACCAAGCAUCAUGUUUUCAUUCUAACCAGCAGGGAAGGAGGAAAAGAGGAAGGGAAAGGUACGGACCCUCCCUUUAAGAGCACAUUCAGAAGUAGCAUAAGUCAUUGUGCUCACACACUGUUGGCCAAAACUUAGUCACAUAUCCACAACUGGCUGCAAAGCAGUCUGAGAAAUAUAAUUUUUAGCAGGAUGAUCAUAUGCCAGAUAAAAAUUCUCUUAUUGCAGAAGGAGAGUUACAGAAAUUGAGGGACUGGCUGGUUAGCUCACUCAGU